UGUGGCUUCGUUUUCUAGGGUGAGGUGCGAGUAUAUUUUUAUGGAUUAUUUUGAUAUCGUUAUCAAACGAAAAUGCUGAAAUAAUAUCGAAAUUGAAAAGUGCUCAAAUAUGUGUCGUGAAAGUGAUUUAACAUUACAUAGUUCGUUUGAAGUGUAGUGAUCAACAUGUUUCGAUGUAUACCUUUGUUCAAAUGUAAUCGCCAAGUGGAAUGUGUAGACAAGCGGCACUGCUCGUUGCCAACAGUACCCGAAGAUAUUUUGCGGUAUUCCAGGAGUUUAGAGGAACUUUUUUUGGAUGCGAAUCACAUAAGGGAUUUACCGAAGAAUUUCUUCAGACUCCACCGGCUAAGAAGAUUAGGGCUUAGUGACAAUGAAAUACAUAAACUCCCGCCAGACAUACAGAACUUUGAGAACUUAGUGGAACUAGACGUCUCCAGAAAUGAUAUUCCCGACAUUCCCGAGGACAUCAAGAAGCUGCGGGCGCUGCAGAUCGCGGACUUCAGCAGCAACCCGAUCCCGCGGCUGCCGGCCGGCUUCAGCCAGCUCCGCGCUCUUACCGUGCUGGGACUCAACGACAUGUCGCUCACCAGUCUACCCAGUGAUUUUGGCAGUUUGAUCUCCCUUCAGUCACUGGAAUUAAGAGAAAAUCUGCUGAAAUCUUUACCCGAGUCCUUAAAAAAUCUAACCAAGCUAGAGAGGUUAGAUUUAGGAGAUAAUGAAAUCGAAGAACUGCCCGGGUUUAUCGGAGAGCUGCCUGCGCUGGAAGAAUUGUGGUUGGACCAUAACAAAUUACAAUAUUUGCCGCCAGAAAUAGGCAACUUGAAGGCUCUUAUUUGUCUAGACGUCAGUGAAAAUAAACUAGAGAAACUUCCAGAAGCAAUUGGUGGGCUCUGUUCCUUAACAGACUUGCAUCUCUCACAAAACAUGCUAGAAACGAUACCGGACGGUACCGGAGAGUUAUGCAAGUUAGCUAUACUAAAAUUGGACCAAAAUAGAUUACACACGUUAAAUGAAAAUGUAGGAAGGUGUACAAAUCUACAAGAACUUAUUUUAACGGAAAACUUCUUGACGGAACUGCCUAAAUCUAUGGGGAAUCUCAAAGAAUUAACUGUACUGAAUGUAGAUAGAAAUUCCUUAGCAGAAAUACCAUUAGAAAUUGGCAACAUGUCGUUGCUGGGCGUGCUGAGCUUAAGAGAUAACAAAUUAACGAGAUUACCUAAUGAAUUAGGUAACUGUAAAUCGUUACAUGUGUUGGAUGUUAGUGGGAAUAGGUUGCAGUACUUACCGUAUGACUUAGUGAAUUUAGAGUUGAAGGCUGUGUGGCUGUCAGAGAACCAGGCGCAGCCGUUGCUCACCUUCCAGACUGACAAUGACGAGGCCACAGGGGAGAAGGUCCUCACGUGCUUCUUAUUGCCGCAGCUUAGUUACACACAACAACCUGAGCUGGAUCACACAUCAGAGGUCGGCAGCGGACACUGGUUCAGGAAUCACAGAUUUAAUUCACAGUCGCAGGACCUAGACGCGGACAGAGACACAAGUAUGCGCGAGCGGGACUCCGACAGCGAAGACUGGGAAGAGAAGGAGGCUUCCCGAACGCAUUCCGUUAAGUUCACGGAUGACGUCUCCGAAGCGAAAGAGACGCCGUUCGUUCGCCAAAACACACCUCACCCGAAAGACCUCAAGGCGAAGGCUCACAAGCUGCUCGCAGGCCGAUCGCCAGAAGUUGUUCAGUCCGAGGAAAUGCCCAAAACACAAGCACCUACCACCAACGGACUUCCUAUAUCGCCUACCGAAGCCGUGCAUAAUAUACCUUCGAUGGGUAUUGUCGAACCAGUGCAUACAUCAGCGCCCACAGAGCAAGCUAAAGAGGAAGAGGACGACCAAAACGCGGUCGACGGCCGGGAAUCUUCGGAAGGCGAGAACGACGAUGACUCGGACGAACUCGAGAGAGGUACGAGGCGAGUGGCGUGGCGGGCUGGCGUGCGCGAGCGCGCCGCGCCGGCGGACGCGGGCGGCCGGCUUCACCGCCGCGACACGCCGCACCAUCUCAAGAACAAACGCGUCAACCAGAUGGAUGCGGGCCGCGCCAGAGACCUCAUAGCUCAGGCCAUCAAAAAAAGAGAGCUUCAAGAUGACCAGAAGACUGACGACGAUGAAAAUGUUGAAGAUAUGCCUGAUGGUGAAUCAGUAUCAGACCGAGCCGAGAGCGUCACUCAGUUGGUCAAUGAGCAGCGAUGCAUCGAAGUGCGCAUAGCGCGCGCCGCCGGCGGACUUGGGCUCAGCAUAGCGGGCGGCCGCGGGUCCACGCCCUACAUCGGCGACGAUGACGGCAUCUUCAUAUCCAGGGUUACUCCCAACGGACCCGCGUACUUGGCGGGCCUUAGGGUUGGUGACAAGGUGCUGUCCGUAAACGGGACAUCAGUGGUGGAUGUAGACCACUAUUAUGCAGUGGAGGUGCUCAAGGCUAGCGGAGCCACUUUGGUGCUGGUCAUCACGAGGGAAUCACCAACCUCCACAAGAACUCACAGCAGGGCUCCUAGUGGGGCGAGCCAUCAUUCUGUGUCAAGCACAACCGACACGGUAUCGACCUUGGAAAACGGACAGAUACCGUCAGGACGCGGUAUACCCACCAAGCCGCUGAUAAUCGGCAAUGCGUACGCGCAGGAGUUCGAGCCAGAACAAAAACCCUCCAACAACAAUCAGCAUGUCAACUUCAGCCCCUCGCCCACCGCCCACGUCACCACCGACACCUACCACCGCCUCGAAGCGUCCCCGCCGCCGCUUACGCAGCCCUACAUCCCUCCAGCAUAUCAACAGAAAGUCCUAGUCCACACGACCCUGAUCCGCGACGGAGCCGGACUCGGGUUCAGCAUAGCCGGCGGCAAGGGCUCUCCUCCGUACCGGGAUGACAGCGACGCCAUCUACAUCUCGCGUAUCUCGCCGCAGGGCGCCGCCGCCAAGGACGGCAAGAUGAUGGUCGGGGACAAGGUCGUUUCGAUCAACGGCGUGGAAAUGGAGAGCGCGCGUCACGAAGCGGCCGUUGGGCUGCUCACCGGCCACGAGCGGUUCGUGCGGCUGGUGCUGCAGAGGACCAUCACCCCCGAACAAGGCGAAACACCCCCGCGCAAGUCAACGUCAGACGAAGUGAGAGAGCACAAGACCAGCCUGCCGAAUGUGAACGCUCCGGCACAGAAACCCACCAAUCACAUCAGUGCACCUGUAGCAAAUCACACUUUACCGCGUGACACACACGUGCAUGUUGCACCCACACAAAUACAGGCACCAGUACAGCAGGCACCACAACAGCAUGCCCAGAAACAUACCACUUUCGCACCCAACGCGGUCCCGCCGCAGCCGGCGCCGAGGAGGCUGAGCCAACCCAACGGACAGGCCACGAAAUCGUCGACUAACAGCACUAGCACGCCCUUAACCCCCGGCGCCAAUAACAUGCACGGAUCUACUGACGACGUGUUCGAUGACAUUCAGCCCUCUCGGCCGAUAACGAACGAGGAGUUCCAAGCGAUGAUACCGGCGCACUUCCUCGGCGGGCGCCGGCCGGCGGCGGAGCCGGUGGAGCGCGGGGUGCGCGUCACCGUGGAGCGCCCCGCCGCCGCCGCCGUGCUGCUGCCGCCGCCGCCCGCCGCGCUCGGCCGCGUCACCGAGACCAUCACCAAGUCCACCUUCACCGAGACCACCGUCACCCGCAUCACCGACAACCAGCUGCUCGCGCCGCUCAUCGUCGAAGAUGUGGUUUUAGUAAAAGAGGGAGGCUCUCUGGGAUUCAGUAUCAUAGGUGGUACGGAUCAUUCGUGUGUGCCAUUCGGGGGAAAGGAACCUGGAAUAUUUAUAUCCCAUGUGGUUCCCGGCGGCGUGGCAGCGCGGUCCGGCAAGCUGCGCAUGGGCGACCGCCUGCUCAAGGUGAACGGCACCGAGCUGACGGGCGCCACGCACCGCGACGCCGUGCAGCUGCUGCUGCAGCCCGGGCCCACGCUCACGCUCACCGUGCGCCACGACCCGCUGCCGCUCGGCUUCCAGGACCUCACGAUAGUAAAGCAAGAGGGCGAGAAACUCGGUAUGCACAUAAAGGGCGGGCUGAACGGGCAGCGCGGCAACCCCAACGACCCCAACGACGAGGGCGUCUUCAUCUCCAAGAUCAACAGCGGCGGUGCGGCCAGGCGGGAUGGAAGGCUCAAGGUGGGCAUGCGCCUGCUGGAAGUGAACGGCGUGUCGCUGCUGGGCGCCACGCACAACGAGGCGGUGAACGCGCUGCGCUCCGCCACCAACGCGCCGCUGCACCUCAUCGUGUGCCACGGCUACUCGCGCCCCGAGAAGUACCACACUGGUAGCGAAAGUGGAACGGCGGACACAGGCGGCUCUCUAUCUCACUCAACGUCAAGCUUAGACCGGGAUGAUUCUGUACAUCAGCACCAACAGGAGCAGCAAUUCCAAAAGGAGCUAGUUGAGUUUGAACAUGAGAAACAAGUCGCAGAAAUGAGGGAGAAGUCUACACCUGAAAAGGUGCUGGAUAUAGUCCACGCCGUGGAGAGCAUGGCUCUGGAGCCGGCGCCGCCGACGUCGCCCGAGCCGCACCACAAAACCACCACUGUCGUCAUGUCGAAACACACCCUUCAACCUCAGUCGUCCAGUUUGCAAGCGGCGCCGCCGUCACCCCUAGCAGUGUUCACACAACAGAAGGUCAAGUCGCCUACGCCUCCGGCCGCUCCUGUGCCUGAGGACGAGGGUACCGCAGUGGACCUCCCGCCGCCGCCGCCGCCAGUCGCGCACCCUGCGCCCCUGCAGCGGCCGCAGCACAACCCACCCCCGCCUCCCGUCAAACCGAAGCCUCAAGUGCCACGCAAACCGCAAAUGAAGCGAGCUUCCCCUCCUCAUUCUGGUAAUUUUGUGAAAGCUUCUGUCAGUGACAAGAAGAAGUUCUUUGAGAGCGCGAUGGAAGAAAGUCACAAAGCAUCACCUAAACCAGAGAAAGUUUUCACAUUUCUAUCGGCGGAUGAGGUGGAGAAAUUGAAGCAAGAAGAGGAAAGGAAGAUGGCGUCGCUGUCGCGAGCUGAACUCCGCUCGUGGUCCCCCGGGGAGGACCGGCACAGCGGAUACAGCUCGCACUCAGACGACGAGCCCUGUGAGAACGGACACAGUGCAUCGACGGGCGGUGUGAGUCCGUCGGCGAAGUCGCGCAGACGCGCGGGCGGCGCGGACGGCGAGGACGCCGCCGCACGCGCUGCUAAACGCGCCGCGUGGCGAGCUGCCAGGCUACGCUCACUGGAGCAGGAAGCGAUUGAAUCACAAAAAGUAAUAAAAAACAUGGUCGGCCCAGCCUCUGAAAUCAUUGGAGAGGUUCCUUCGAGAGAUAAAUCUCCGUCCGAGAAAUGGCCCCUGCCACGUAUCGCGUUACGUACAAAACCGGGGCAGAUACUUGCCGUGAAGGAGAAGGAAAAACUUUUAGACGAGCGCAUUACCUUCCGCUCGGAGGAAUUCGUGUGCCCGGCGACCGGCGAGACUAAAGUGCGAACCGUCGAGUACAUUGAGAAAGUCAUUGAGAAAGAGGUGGAGACCACACAGGAGAAGAUAAUAUCGUUGGAAUUGACAACUAGUCCCAGCAGCGAGACGGCGCCGAGCGACGUGGGAGCGGACAUGAACCUGGGCGAGGCGGAGCCCGACGGCGACGGCGACAGCUCGCUGCAGCCCGACAUCGUGCAGGUCGUCAACCCGCUGCUCGACGGCGGCGCCGGCCGCGUCACCGCCAUCCCCGUCGGGCCCGCGCACCGCCUCACCGCCUACACCGAGACCGACCAGUAGACCGCUCCCGCCGUCUCCCCUAUCAUAUCACAAGCCAUCACACGACCACGAAGCGAACCAACAACAUUUUUUUAGUUUCACACGACUCGACUCCCGGUCGAUCGGCCGGUGUAGAUUUCUUCAAACGAACGAACGGAUUAUGAUUAUUGAUUACUAUUGACGCGCGAGUUUCCAUCCUAGCUUUGUAUUGUAACUGUGAUAAUAAGUUAAAUAUUCCACCGACUUCUUAUAUAGAGGGGCUCCUUGAAGAAAUCGACCGGCGUCGCUUAUUCGGAUCACAAUUUUUAUUUUUUUAUUUUAUUUUUGCGACGGAGAUUGCUAGACGUAUAGUUUAUGGUAAGUAUCAUCUAUUUUGAUAUAGUAUAUACUUUGAAUACUUUAUGUAUUUAAUAUUGAUAAUUUUCAUUCCGUGCAAGUUUUUAAUGUUUGACUUCUUGUAAACGCUAUUAGGUAUUUAUUUUUAUGUUGAACUGUACCUGUUAAGUGGUGUUUGUUAGGGUAUAGUUAGCAGCAGAACUUGCUAAGCGGGCGAGGCGUUCAAAAUGAUCUUGACGCGACUUUAUUGUUAAGAGAAUAAGAGCGUGUCAAGGUAAUUUUGAACACCUGGCCCGCUUAGCAACUUCUGCUGAUGACUGUACGUGGUUGGAUGCGUUCGAGCGGCAAACCUGCUCACAUCACGCCAUUAUGGCAAGGCAACACGACUGAAUACAUCUCCUGUAUUACACUAACGAUGAGAUACUGAGAAUAUCGAUGUUAUCGUGGAUUUCAUGUUUUGAUUAUGUUACAUACGCAUAUGGAUAUGACUGAUACAUGAGUAUUGCCGGAUAAAAGUGAUAGUGUAAUUACGGGCCAAUGGAACAUCAUUACACCGUCGUGCCACAAAUAACAUUCAACUACUCUACACUUAUACCUAAUCAAUAUUUUAAAUUUUAUUUGUGCAGUGUUAUUAAUUCAGUAUUUGUGUUUAGCGUUGUCGUAGUAUUUUUAUUGUAAGGAUAAGGAUUUUAGUUCAUAUAUCUAUGUGGUGCCGUUAUUUCUCAAAAGGUAUUAAUGUUGUAAUGUUACAAUGAAUUUGUGAUUUGAAUUUAUUGCAUUUUAUUUCGUGUCAAUUAUAAGGUCUGCCAAUAUAAUGGUAGGUGAAUUUUAUUUCCAAGUCGGUAUCGUAUUUCAUGGAACUUGAUAUUUGAUAACUUAUAAGUGGGGCUGUACGUCCAAUAGUCAGGCCCCUGGCAAACUUUUACAAAACUUUUGAUUAGCGUUUACUGAAAAUGUAUUUUCAUUCGUUUGGAUAGAGCGUAUCCAUUUUUAAAAUGUAUCUGUCUAUGUUAUAUAAUUAAUCUCAAGUUGUAUAUUCCGAAAAUGACUGUAAUAUGAACUACCUACCUAUAAUAAUAUUGAGUAUUUAAUGGGAGAUGUAUCGUAUGGAAUAGACUUGGAUGUUUGGAUGAAAUGUUUCUAUGUGUGCCCUUUAUACCUUUUUAAGGUUCUCUAGUGGUAAAUGAAUUGUAAACUAAUGAAAAUAUUGUAUGUUUGUCCCAAUUAAAUGGUUUAAUAUAUAUUUUAAUAAAACA